AUGUACACCCCCCUACUCUCUCCACCCACGCUAGACGAUCGCCAGGAAUCUUGUCACGCAAGGAAUCUGAAAGCUUAUUUGAUCAUAUUUGAUGAGACCUGGGAUACCGACAGAAUGUGGCUGUAG